AGUACGACCUUUACCUGAUUUUAAAAAUCCCGUUUAAAAAAAGUAUCUUCGCACUCGUGGAAUCUCAACUUAUUGGCACUGGCUGCUAAGCAAACAUUUUCCACGCACUAAAAUCUCCGGCCCGUAUGUGAUACAUCCACGUAUAAAUCAAUCAAUUUUGAACGUUUCCUUACAAAUCUCGCAAUCUCUUUCUCUCACUGUCUCUGCUUCUAUAUGAAUAUCUCACACACUAUCGCGCCUUCGAAAACGCCUCUUUAUUUUGAAAGCAACGCCAAAAACUUGUAAACAAAAAUUAGUUUGGUACGAAGUAGCGUGUGGGUUAGCAGCAAAAGCUAGCUAGAGCUAAAAGACUGUGUCACAGAUCAGAAACAAUAGUGCACUAAAACCGUUUUGUUUGUUGGUUUCUGCUUCCCCGAGAAGAACUUUUCGAAAAUCUAUUUUUGAAAUAAUCAAAUAUUUAUCGGUGAGAUAUUAAUAAGGAGAUUCUUCACCAUUCCGUUGAUCAAUUCAAACAAUUCAACUAUCGGUGCAAAUGAACGACUGAUCGCACAAGUUGUUGAAAAUACGUUCCUUGAGUUUUAUUAUCUAAGAAAGAGACAUGUGCCAAAUAAAAUACGUCAGUUGAUAAAAAAGAAUAAAUUCUUUAAGAACAAAACAAAAUACAAGAAAUUCGAAAUUUCUUUCCCAUUGUGAAAUCAAACCGAAAACUAUAUUCAAACCUCCUGCUCGUGUGCUCAUCAACCAAAUCAAAACGUUCAUACUUUUUGAAGAACAAUAAUUUAUACUUUAUUUUUGAAGAAUGUUACAAAUAGCUCAGAGUAAUUUACCUCUUAAAAACUGUCUCUUAGAGGCACUUAAUAUGACCACACGAAUCCGGAGGAAAAAGUCAUCGCUGUCCGAGUUGAAGAUCGCCGUUGUUGGAGCACCGGGUGUUGGAAAAACCGCGUUAAUAGUUCGAUUCUUAACAAAACGAUACAUAGGCGAAUAUGCUCAUGAAGCAGAAAAUCGAUAUAAACACGAAGCCUUAGUUGACGGGGAACCGGUCCUCUUUGAGAUCCUAGACACAUGUCCAAAGAACGAGAACGAAAUGCCAAAUACUUCAGAACUAAUUCAAUGGGCCGACGGCCUGCUCCUUGUGUACUCAAUUGUAGACCGACACUCCUUCAACUACAUUCGUCGUGUAAAAUCAAACUUGCAGUCGGAUAUUCCGGUGCAACUGGUGGCCAAUAAAAAUGAUUUGGUUCAUUUGCGCCAGGUGAGCUCUGAUGAGGGUGAAAUCCUUGCCAAGGACUAUGAGUGCAAGUUCUCUGAAGUAUCUGCUGCUGAACAUGUGAACCUAGUUGCUGAAGUGUUCUAUGAUAUCUGCAAAGAAGUGAUGUCAUCAAAGAGAAAAUCAAAACAAAGUCUGCUAGAAAGGAUGUUGGGAGGGCAUCGUCCUUAUAAUCGAGGGAAGAGCGAUAGUGCUUUGCCUAAAGACUGUAAACCGUAUGCAUAGUUCCUACCUCUUAAAAAAUGUGUAUCUAUAAAUUAUGUUUUUCUUUGUUUUAUUUUUUACGGGAAAGUAUGUUCAAAUAAAAAGAUAUGUUUAUAUUUAAAUUUCUUAACAUUUUAGCAAAUAUACGUAAUGUUUAUUUUUGUA